GGGGCUGGGGUUAGGGAGGUGAGGGAAGAGCUUAAGUGUAGAGCUCUGUUAGUUGUGGAAGUGGUAUGCAUUUUUAGUGCAUUCAGCUUUGCUUGGGUUUGGAUUUUCCUUCACUUCCUCUGCAGUAAAGACAUUAUAAUCUUGCAAGUGUUAAUUUUUGACUAGUUCUAGCAUAGACUUAGGACAGGAAGAAGCCUGUUUAGGGCUGUUGGAGUUUGGAUCUUGUGCAAUAUGUGGGAGUUGUGCUCCAGCUAUUUUUCUGUUAGGUAUAUGAGGAAAGACAGAGGGAGUGGAAAGAGCUCAGGCUUUGCUUAUUUUUUAUGCUGCAAACAGUGUAGCCCUGUAGAGGAAAAAGGAUUUGAAGUGUUGACCUGGCAUGUUAAAGUCAUGGGUAGCACUUGACAGCAUUUUCUCUCUUAGAAGUUCCUCAGACAUAUGGGAAGGUGGUCAAGAGCAGGAGCUGCUGCUACUGCCCUCUUGACUGGAAAUAGUAGAUGCCAGUAGAAUCAAAAACAGGAGUAACAAAUAAUAUGUAGGACAAUUGCAGGAGCUCUCAGAGUCCUGGUGUUUCAGGCCUGCAGAAGCUCAGCCUUGUGUACCAAGCUGUGGGGCUGCCUGAGGAGCUUUCACAAACAGCACUUUAUGUAGCUUAUUGCAAGCUGUGCAGCACUCACACAACCACACAGUAUUUACUGGUUGGAAUUGUUGGGCCAGCUGGACCACAGUGCACACAGCCAUGUGUCUUCCCAGAAGUCAGCAAGAUGUGUUUGCGCAUCCCAGCAAGCUCUGCUUGUGAGUAGUUCAGUGGCCUCUUUCUCCUUUGACUCUGUAUAUGGAAGGAGAUGUGUUAUGUGUAACCGAGCCAAGAAUGGCCCAACUCUGCUCUCUGUACAUUUCCAAGCACCAAUAAGUCUAAUAGUUGUGCUUAUUCUGUGAUAAAUGACGAUAAGCACUGGCUGAGGAAGCUGUUGUCUGUGGAGACAGCAUCCGUGUGUCCACUGACCCCUGUUGUCUCUUACUCUGUGCUGAUGGCACGUGCCAAACCCCACGUUGUCUCAGUGCCAGCUGACCACAGGAUCCAUCCAGCCGACUGCUUUGCGGUGAUGAAUUGCUGUAUUUGCUGCUGGCUGCAUAUGGCAGGCAAAGACGCUGAGAACUGGAUCAUCUGCCUUCAUUAUUCUUAUGGGAGCACAGAAGGAUCUGAAAACUGUGGUCAAGCCAGACGCUAAGCCCACUCGGAUAAUACACCUUUUAUUGAAGGGGUCUAUUUACUAGGAAAAUAUGGGCAGAAGAAAAUCAGAGAAAUCCAAGAACGUGAGGCAGCUGAAUACAUCGCCCAGGCACGAAGGCAGUAUCAUUUUGAGAGUAAUCAGAGGACAUGCAAUAUGACAGUGCUGUCAAUGCUCCCUACAUUGAGGGAUGCCUUAAUGCAUCAGUUAAAUUCUGAGAGUCUCACAUCUCUUCUUAAAAAUAGGCCAGCAAACAAGUUAGAAAUAUGGGAGGAUUUAAAGAUAAUAAGUUUCACAAGAAGCAUUGUAGCUGUCUAUAGCACCUGUAUGCUAGUAGUUCUUUUGCGAGUCCAAUUAAAUAUAAUUGGUGGUUACAUCUACUUAGAUAAUGCUGCAGUCUGCAAGAACGGCACAACACCACUAGCUCCCCCUGAGGUUCAACAGCAAUAUUUAUCAAGUAUCCAGCACCUGUUAGGAGAUGGACUGACUGAGUUAAUAACUAUCGUUAAACAAGCUGUGCAUAAAGUUUUUGGAAGCAUUUCCCUUAAGCAUGCCCUGUCUCUUCUGGAGCUGGAACAGAAACUAAAAGAAAUCAGGGACGUAGUGGAACAUAGAGAUUCAGAUCAGGUCGCACCUUAUUCUCCCUUAUGUCAUUAUCUGAUGCCAGAUGAAGAAAACCCCCUCGCUACCCAGGCUUGUGGACUCACAGAAAGAGACACUGCUACAAUUAAAUUACUUAAUGAAACUAGAGAUAUGCUGGAAAGUCCAGACUUCAGUACAGUUUUGAGCACGUGUUUAAACAGAGGAUUCAGUCAACUGCUGGACAAUAUGGCAGAGUUCUUCAGACCUACUGAACAGGACUUCUCUCAGAAUGGCUCUGUAAAUAGUCUCUCCAGCGUCAGUCUUCCUUUAGCCAAAAUAAUUCCAAUAAUAAAUGGGCAGAUCCAUUCAAUAUGCAGUGAAACACCCAGUCACUUUGUUCAGGACUUACUGAUGAUGGAACAAAUGAAAGAUUUUGCUGCUAAUGUUUACGAAGCUUUUAGUACCCCUCAGCAACUAGAGAAAUGAACUGCACAUUAAUAGGAAUAGAUAAUGUAUUUAUAAUGCAUCUUUGUGACUACUGAUGAGAUUGGGGUUAAUUUUAUAAUGGCGUAGGAGUGGUAGAGCAGCAGAAAGAACAUACUGAAAAAACUGGGAACGAGACCAUAGUUGUUCUGUCUAAUACAAUUCUAUUUCAAAUGCCCAUCAAAAUAUUCUUGUUGAAAGAAUCACUGUAUGUAAAGAAUUUUCUAUUAAAAGGUUGUUAAACUCUUGCAUAAUUUGAUUAUUUUUAUUGCAUUUGAAAGGCAUCUUGGGACAGUACUACUAGAAGUUAGUAAAACAAACAAACUUGGUGGCCUGGGGUGUGUAUGGUUUGGAAAAAACAUUAAUGGUAGCGACUGAAGAAUAACAGACCCAAGUAAGGCUUCUCUUCUUCAUCCCUCACAUUUGUCUUUUGUUGUAAAAGACUUCUUCCCUUGACUUUACAACUGUUGCUCCAAAGAGCUUCUUAUUCUUCAAAAAGCCUUUGCCAACUGCUGCCCAUGCCUCUUGAACAAGUUGGGGGUGCUCUCUUUGUUACUUACAGAAUGUGGAUUUUUAGACGUUCUUGUUUAGCUGUUUGAACAGCUACACUGUACACAUUAACUUGUAAAUAUUUUAUCUUAAUUUGUAUUAAUUUUGAGCCCAAUUGUCUGUAUUGUAAUAAAAUAUUUUAAUGUAAAA